CAGGAAAAUCUGCUUCUGGCCAUUAGAAACUGUAAAUAACCCUGAUGAUGCAGGCUUUUUAUUCUCUUUCUUUGUCUUCUUUGUCAGAUGGAAGCUGUACCCCCGGGUGCUCAGGGAUGUGUCAGUAAUGGACCUGUCAACCUCAGUCUUAGGGCAGAAAAUCAGCAUGCCCAUCUGUGUUGGAGCGACCGCUAUGCAGUGCAUGGCUCAUCCUCAUGGAGAGACAGCUACUGCUAAAGCCUGCCAGGCAAUGGAGACAGGAAUGAUGCUGAGCUCCUGGGCCACCUCUUCCAUUGAAGAAGUGGCUGAAGCAGCUCCAGCUGGCCUUCACUGGCUGCAGCUUUAUGUGUACAAGGACCGGGAAGUAACCAAAUCCCUUGUGAAGAGUGCAGAGAGAGCAGGCUACAAAGGGAUCUUCGUGACAGUGGACACGCCGUUCCUUGGCAGGCGCAUUGAUGAUGUGCGCAACAAGUUCCAGCUUCCUCCCCACCUCAGAUUAAAAAACUUUUCAAGCAGUGACCUGGCAUUCUCCUCAGGAAAAGACUUUGGAGAAAAUAGUGGACUGGCUGUCUAUGUAGCCCAGGCGAUUGAUGCAAGUGUCAACUGGGAGGACAUCAAAUGGCUUCGAGGGCUGACCUCACUGCCCAUCGUUGCAAAAGGAAUCCUCAGGGCUGAUGAUGCUAAAGAAGCUGUAAAAAUUGGGGUAAAUGGUAUCCUGGUGUCAAAUCAUGGAGCACGACAGCUUGAUGGUGUCCCUCCAACUAUUGAUGUCUUGCCUGAAAUCGUUGAGGCUGUGGAGGGGAAGGUGGAGGUGUUCCUAGACGGCGGUGUAAGAAAGGGCACAGACAUUCUCAAAGCCUUAGCUCUCGGUGCCAAAGCUGUAUUCAUCGGAAGACCUCUCAUCUGGGGCUUGGUUUAUCAAGGUGAAGAAGGAGCAAAAGAAGUUCUCCAGAUGCUGAAGGAGGAGUUUCGCCUGGCAAUGGCACUGACAGGAUGCCGGAGAAUAGAAGAAAUUGGCAGGUCACUGGUACGAAGACAUCAAGUAUUGUUUUCCAAGAUUUAG